GCAGGCUUUAAGACCAAACAGUAGUAGUAGUACAAGUAGUUGCAGUACAGUAGUUGGACCGAUCCACAGUGAUAAAAGAUCUUACUAUUUCAAAAACUUAAGUUUUCGUCGGUACUAUGAUUAAAAAAUGAAGAAGUCCUUCCCAGGCAUUUUUAGAUCCGCUUACAUAAACUGCUGGUACAUUCCAAUCCUCCUUUUCUUACUGGGGCUCAAGAUUUGUCUACUUUUCUUCCUAGUCACAUCAAUUCAUCCUGACGAUGCUUUCCAAAAGUCCGUAAAAUUAGGACAACAUAUUCGUACGAAUAGCACCACUUUUUCCCAAGAGGAGAGCGCUUUGAAGUUGAAUGGAAAAAAAGUUGGCAGGCGCAAAAAAGCUACUUCACACAAGUCCACGACUGCAAUUCCUCGAGAAUUGCUUGAAGAAUGGGACACAUUGGCUCAUUUAGAAAAUGCCAAAAUAAAACCGACGCACACAAAUCGAACCAAAGCAGAUAGCAUUUGGCUCGUUUUAAAUCGAGUUCCACGCUGUGGUGGAGGCACAUUGGUAAAAUUGUUGGAAGAGUUGGCACAAAGGAAUGGAUUUUCUCACCAACCCCACGAGUACCGAACUCCGUGGCCCAGAUUCUUGUUGGAGCAAGAGCAGGAAAGUUUAGUCACUUGGUUUGAAUAUCAACAUCUCCCCAAAAGUUACGAUCGUCAUUUCUUCUUUGUCAACUUCACUAGGUAUCAAAAAUUCACAAAGGAGAAUCCAAUUUACAUCAAUAUUGUCCGUGAUCCUGUAAUGCGAAUCCAGUCCGAAUUUAUGGCUCGGAGAGCUGAUAAAGAAAUAGCAAAGGCAGAGAUUAUGCGAAGAAAUGAAGAAUCUCCAAAGUCUGGACUAGCCUGGAAGAAGAUGAGAUUCGAGGAUUGUGUCGUGCAAGAGGAGGAGGAAUGUCAGUUUGGGAAUGGAACACCGGAUUUCACUCUUUCAAUCCCGUUCUUUUGUGGACAACAUAACUCUUGCGUAGCAAUCAAUGACAAAUGGGGAGCACAAAUGGCUAAGUUCAACAUCGAGAGGUACUAUUCUGUCGUCGGUGUGCUGGAAAGAAUGGAUCAAACUUUGGCCGUGCUGGAAAAUUACGUCCCCAAGUUCUUUUCGGGUGUGACACAAAUCUACAAUCAACUGGAUGAACACGAGAAAGGGUAUUUUACCCGAAAACCUAAUGGAAAUGAUCGCCCCGUGUCCGAAAAAGUGCGACAAAUUUUGCAGAGGAAACUUCACGCAGAGAUGGACGUGUACCGCUUCGCUCUCCAGCGGCUUUCACUCCAGUUUGCCCACCUUUCUGUUCUCUAAUAAUGCUUUAGAAGUGAUUUGUGUAUAUUGUAUGUGGUAUUGAUGCGACACAGUUUUUGGUGCAUACAAAGUAUGUCCGUAUGUAAUGCAUUAUGAAAGUUGUACAAUAAAAGACAAGAAUUGACAUCAACCCAUUA